GCUCCGGUGUCAUGGCCGGCUCCUACACCGAAGGUGAGCUCGGAGCUGUCGGCGGGAAGAGGCAGCAGUUUGGGAGCCGAUUCUUGAGCGAGCCGGCGCGCGUCUUCCACCACAAUGCCUGGGACAAUGUGGAGUGGUCGGAAGAGCAGGCCGCGGCGGCGGAGAGGAAAGUCCAGGAGAACAGCGCCCAGCGGGUGUGCCAGGAUAAGCAAGUUGAUUAUGAGCUCAAUGCCCACAAAUACUGGAACGACUUCUACAAAAUUCAUGAAAAUGGGUUUUUCAAGGAUAGACAUUGGCUUUUUACUGAAUUCCCAGAGCUGGCACCUGGCCAAAACCAAAAUCACUUGAAGGAUUUACCCUCAGAGAAUGAGAGAAGUGAAGUACCUCAAUGUAGAAGCAGUGAGAAUGGACCUGGUUUAAUAAUAGAAGAACAGCACACGUGUUCUUCAAACGGCCUUGGACAUAAAACACAGACACCUUCCCUGGAGGAGAAUGUAACUCAGAAACUCAGUCACCUGGAAAUCUGUGCUGAUGAGUUUCCUGGAUCCUCAGCCACCUAUCGAAUACUUGAGGUUGGUUGUGGUGUUGGAAACACAGUCUUUCCAAUUUUACAAACUAACAAUGACCCAGGACUCUUUGUUUACUGUUGUGAUUUUUCUUCCACAGCCGUAGAAUUGGUCCAGACAAAUUCAGCAUAUGAUCCUUCUCGCUGUUUUGCCUUUGUUCACGAUCUGUGCGAUGAAGAUAAGAGUUACCCAGUGCCCAGGGGAAGUCUUGACAUCAUCAUCCUCAUAUUUGUUCUUUCAGCAAUUGUUCCAGACAAGAUGCAGAAGGCUAUCAACAGGCUGAGCAGGCUUCUGAAGCCUGGAGGAAUGAUGCUUCUGCGAGAUUAUGGCCGCUAUGACAUGGCUCAGCUUCGGUUUAAAAAAGGUCAGUGUCUGUCUGACAACUUCUAUGUGAGAGGCGAUGGCACCAGAGUUUACUUCUUCACACAAGAUGAACUGGACACGCUUUUCACUACUGCUGGACUGAAAAAGGUUCAGAACCUGGUGGACCGCCGAUUACAAGUGAACCGAGGGAAACAGCUGACAAUGUACCGCGUUUGGAUUCAGUGCAAAUAUCGCAAGCCUUUCCUGUCCAGCCCCACUGAGAGCACCUGGGCCUGACGUGAUGCGGGCUCACUGGGGCUUUUUAAAAAGAACAUCCACAAAUGGAGUCAUGUUGAUGUCAGACAGUUCAGGGAUUCAGACAGACUUGAACCAUGAACCCAAGAAAAAUUACUUUUUAUCAAGAUUCUAGCAAUUGUGCUUCAUAUUUGUGAGAAGCUCUUUAAUAUAUACGUCUCUCAAGUUUUUUCUUACUUUGGGAUCUCAAAGAAUCUUAUUAUUCAUGGGCAUCAGAAUUUAAAAAGCAUCAAGAAUUUAUUUCCAUGUGAAAGUAUCAUAUGAUAAAGUCAUUUGACUGUAAGUCGCAUUAAAUUAUUUGAGAAUUCAAAUACCUGGGCUAAGCAGUUGAUACAUACAAAAAUGAACGAAGGUCUCAUUCAGUAGUGGGGGAAGAAUCGUCUGUCUUUGGAUGUUUUCCUGUCUCAAAAAUACUGCUUUAAAGAGCAUCAAAUGUGGUGUCUUUGUUAAGUAUCUGGUCACGUCUCCAUUGAACCCUAGUUCCAUGGAAUUUUAACCACUGUUCCCCCUCUAAGUAACCUGUGUCUACAAAAUUGAAAGGAUCUUCACUUUUAGCAAAAUUGUCUCAUUUUUUAUUGUGCCCUUAAAUGUUUUACACAAAAAGAAUUGAGAGAACUUUAUUUUGAAAGUGAUUGUCAUCAGUGUUACUUUUUUUAAUGUUCUGCUUUUUUUCAGUUAUCACUUUUAUGUGUUUCCCUCUUGAUGGUCCAUAAGUUAUAUGAUGUAUUCUUAAUUUUACCAAAUAAACAAUUUUCAAUUCCUUA